CUCCUCACUCUGUUUCUCAUUUGUCAUAUAUAUUCACAACACACACUGGCUCUUAUCCCCAAAUCAUAAACUCAAACCUUUUCUAAAUUCAAUUUAUUCAAUGGCUAUCACCAAAUCGAACAAAGAUCACAAACCAUGCGGUGGUGGCGGCGUCGUCACCACCGUCGUGACUCGCGAAGUCUGGGCGGAGAAUCUCGAAUCUGAAUUUGCACUAAUCAGCGAAACCAUCGACGAUUAUCCAUUCAUCUCCAUGGACACUGAGUUCCCCGGCGUGAUUUUCAAAUCCGAUCUCCGAUUUACAAACCCCGGCGAUCUCUACAGUCUACUUAAAGCCAACGUCGACGCGCUCAGCUUAAUCCAAGUCGGUCUCACUCUCUCCGACGCCAACGGUAACCUCCCGGAUCUAUUUGGUGACGGACGGCGGUUCAUUUGGGAGUUUAAUUUCCGAGACUUCGACGUGGCGCGUGACGCACACGCUCCUGAUUCCGUCGAGUUGCUUCGUCGGCAAGGUAUCGAUUUCGAGCGGAACCGCCGCGACGGGGUUUGUUCGGAGAGGUUCGCGGAGCUGAUGAUGUCGUCGGGGCUUGUUUGUAACGAGGACGUGAGCUGGGUGACGUUUCAUAGCGCGUACGAUUACGGUUACCUUNAUUCAAAAGAUCUUGCUCGAAUUUGGAAUGUAUUGUCUAGGUCCUCUAGGAGGACUAACAACUUGUGUUGUAUAGCCAACACUUAUGUUGCCACAUUUGUUUUGAUGAUCGAUCCAAACCCAAACUUUUAA